AUGACUCGCUCAUCCACAUUACGCUCACAUUCGACUGAUCGCUCUAAUUCAUCAACAUUAAAUACUUAUUCUGUUGCUUCUCGCUCAUGUCGUUCAUUAACCACAGCUCCAUCCUACAGCCAGCAGCAACAUAUCAAUUUUACUUCAUCAUCAAAUUCAUCUUCUUCUCUCACACAAUCAUCUCUAUCGCUUGACAGUUCAUCAUCAAAACAGAUUGCAAUCAUCCAACAAGAUACAUCAAAAAUAAAACAAUAUUUUCAAAAAUCAAAUUCACUCGAUUCUGGUUAUAAAACAAUAAAUACGCCUAAUACAUCAUCUUAUAUGAAUGAUGCAUCAAUUGUAACAGUGGAUGAAGAAAAUACGAAUAAUACUUUUCAAAAAUUAAAUUCAUCAUCAUGUUCAUCUCCGUUAAGCAUUAAUGAACAAAAAAAUCAAUCGAGACGAAUUGAAUUUUCAGUAGACGAUGAUAAUCUAAGUAUCGACUAUCAACCAUCAUCGAUAGAUUUAAAAACAAAUGAUGUGAAAGUAAAAUAUAAAGGACCACAAUUAUCUAUAACUGAUUUACAAUCAUUAGCUCCAUCGUUUCGUUCACGUACAGCCAGUUUAUCAAAUUAUUCCAUCUCAAAUUAUAGUGUAUUAUUAAAUGAAGUUUGUGGCAAUGAAUCUACGCAAUCUGAGAAUAAACCUUCAGCUGAACAAAAUAAUUCUAAAAUAGAUAAUAAUGAAAAGAUUAAUAAAAAGAAAAGUUUUAUUGCAGCAUUUUUCUCGUCAAAGAAAAAGGAUGAACUAACAGAUAACAGUAUUAAUCAAGAACAGAAAGUCACUACAAUACUAACACCUGUUAGUGUAACACCGACAAAAAAACAGCAAAGAUCCAGAAGCGAGUCCGAAACACCAGAUGAACAAACAACAACAAAAUAUUUAAAUAUAUGUCAAACACAGUCGUCGCUCGUAAAUGACGAACAACAAAAAUCUCAGCAGCCCUCGUCUCGUUCUACUAUUACAGCAACAUUAACAUCAGCUGUACCAAAUUUUUUCUUACCAUCGAAAAAAGAAAAUACGAAAAGAUCAUUGUCAGUUGAAGAGCCAUAUCCUGUUUUGUCAAAUGAAAAGGUGGCAGUAGAACAGAUAAAAGAAUCAGAAACAGAUUUGUCAGUGGAACCAUCCUCUUCAAUAACAACUACAAUUCAUACAAUCAGUCCAGAUUCGGCAAAAAACGUCAGAAUUUCUACUCAGUCUAUCGUACCUCAAUCACAACAUUCCACUUCAUCAUUUGGAACUUCUGCGUUGGGAUUAUUACAUCGUUUGUCAAAUCGAUUCGUUCCAGGCGGAAAACAUGCCGCUCAACAACCUGUUCAAGAUGUUAUCAGCAGCACUGGUCUUGUAUUUGAAAAUCGUCCAGUUAAUUUACCUCCUAAAUCAUUGGAAGAAACCCUGAAACAUCAUAAUCAAUAUCAAAAAAUGUGUAUUGAAGCCAAAAAAUCACAACUGUUGUAUGAUGAAAAAGACGAAAAAUGUCGGCGAUUAAAAUUGAAGCGUGAAGAAUUUGUUUCGAAAUCGUUAAAGAUAUGGACAAAUGAAAUAUUACCGUACUGGGAAAAACAUGGAAUUAAAACUAACAAAGAAAAUAGUAUAAAUACGAAAGCAAUGAAAUUGUGGUGGCAUGGAUUACCGCCCAGGAUACGCGGGAAAAUCUGGAAAAUGUCUAUCGCCAAUGAAAUGGCUUUGACACCUAAAUUAUUUUCUGAACUGGAACAUCUUGCACGUGAAAAAUUAAACGAAAUGAAACAUCAUAAUAUUGAAACAUCGAAGAGUACAACAACAAGAUCGAAUCAUAAUGAGGGUGAUUCACUCACUUUACUAUCCCGACCAGAAACUGGUAUUGAGAGUUUAACAAAUUUUGUUGAACUUAUCCAACUCGAUGUUUCUCGAACAUUUCCACAACUUGGUUUAUUUCAACGAAAUGGUCCUUAUCAUGAUUAUUUAGAAAUAUUAUUAUGUACAUAUGUUUAUUUAUCGCCUGAAAUUGGUUACGUACAAGGUCAAGCAUUUUUGGCUGCUAUGUUUCUGUUAAAUAUGGACUUGUACGAUUCAUUUGUAUCAUUUUCUAAUUUACUACAACGUCCCUAUUUUCAAACAUUUUAUCGUUUUAAUAAUAUCGAAAAAUAUUUAUUAUUAUUUGAACAAUUAUUAAAUUUCUAUCUACCAAAAUUGAGCGAACAUUUUUAUCGUAUGUCAAUAAAACCAAAUUAUUUUGCAUUCGAUUGGUUUUUUACUAUAUAUUCAAAAUCUUUACCAUUGGAUGUUGUAUCAAGAAUAUGGGACAUCUAUUAUCGAGAUGGUGAUGAAUUUGUAUUUCGAACAGCGUUAGGAAUUCUUGCAUUAUAUGAAGAACGUCUAUUAAAUAUGGACACAUUUCAUUGUUUACAAUUUUUAACAAAGUUACCAGAAGAUUUGAAUGCAACACAAUUGUUUAAAUCAAUCGAGACAAUUAAAUUUGAUGAUUUGACAAAAAUAUACGAAUAUUGUCCACUAUUUUAUUUGAUAUCUUCAAAUAGUUAA